AUGUCCAAUCACGAAGAUUUGAUUGAGGAAGAUUUCGAAGACAACUUGAGAUUGGAGCAUGCUAAAACAAUGCAAAAGAACACUCGAAACAUCAAAUUCUCCUAUAAUCACCUGUUCGUCACUCCGAGAUUAGCACUCACCACAAUUGUCUUGGCUUAUAGCUACUGGUCUACCUCUAUCAUCAAUUAUGGUGUACUAUUCAAUAUGGAAAAACUGUCAGGAUCAAUUUAUUGGAAUUCUGUAUACACUGGAGUGAUGAGAUACGUUUGUAACCUUUCAUUCGGCUAUGCAGAUCUCAAAUUCCAAUGCAUUGGUCGGAAAUUCAUUCAUACCAGUGGUCUGGUGAUUGUAUUGCUCUCCUUGAGUGUCGUUGUCAUGUCUUAUGCUCUUCACCUGAACCACGAAAUGAAGGAGACCAUAAGAAUCUGCAUUCUACUUGCCAGCUCGAUGACGUCACAAAUCUACAUAGCAGACGGAAUCGUUGGAAAUGAGCUGUUCCCAACGCCAGUUCGAACGAUUGGCUAUUCAUUUUUACAACUAUGGAAUCGUCUUGGCGUCGCCGACUACUGGCUAGCCCUUCCAUUCUGCUGUAUGUUGUUCUUCUCCUUAAUCGACACCUUCUCAUUCGAAUUGUGUCUUCCUGAAACGAAAGGACGUCAUCUUGUGGAGCACAUGCCACCACGGGAUCAGUGGUGUUUCGGAGGAGGCGUCAAGGGAGAAAUUAUCGAGGAAGACGAGGAAGUUGGCGAGGAGUUGAGGCCUCUGGAGGCAUAG